UAAUACUGUACAUUGCGCUGCAUUAGCAUCACUGGAGUACGCAGCAGUGUUUUCCACCAUGCUUUAUGUGUUGGGUUGAAAUGUGCCAUUCUGCUUUGCUGAAACUGUGGGACUGGUGAAUGACACAGCUGCACAGAAAGCAUUGGGGUGGGAAGAUCUUUACCUGUGAAAAAUCCAGAACUGGAUUACAUAUUCUAUUGGGGGAAGCAAUACUACUAGAUUAGAAUUAAGAAUAUGCUGUUAAAAUGUGUUCUUUAAUUGGUCAAAUAAACUACUGCCAAAUUGGUACAAAUGCACAACAAUACAAAUUUGUGAAAUGCUUUCAUCAGUUAGUGGUAUAAAAAUAUCAUGCUGAUUCUCUGAGCUUUCCCGAUCCCCCUACCGUUGGCUACAGACUGUGAACUUCGCUCUCAUUUGCCUGCAACUUUCCGAGGCGUCGUAUCAUCAUAUUUGCACUCAGUUCCUUACGGUUGUUGUGAGACCAUGGAAAUCACGUUCACAGGCAAGCGAGCCUUGGUAACUGGCGCUGGUAAAGGGAUCGGGAGAGAUGCUGUGAAGGCGUUGCUGAAGUGCGGUGCCCAGGUGAUCGCAGUCAGCCGCACACAGGCAGACCUGGACAGUCUCACAGCUGAGUGCCCCUCGAUUGCACAGGUGUGUGUGGACCUGGCAGACUGGGACUCCACUCAGAAAGCUCUUCAGGAUGUGGGCCCUGUGGACCUGCUAGUGAAUAAUGCUGCCGUGGCCACGCUGCAGCCUUUCCUGGAGGUUACGCCACAGGAGUUUGAUAAGUCCUUCAAUGUGAAUGUAAAAGCAGCCUUGCAUGUGGCUCAGAUUGUUGCUCGGGGGAUGAGGUCCAGAGGGUCUGGUGGUUCCAUUGUCAACGUCUCCAGCCAGGCAUCCCAGUGUGCUUUGCAAGACCAUGCUGUUUAUUGUGCCACCAAGGGUGCUCUAGACAUGCUGACCAAAGUGAUGGCGCUGGAGCUGGGACCUCACAAGAUCCGUGUGAACUCUGUGAACCCCACUGUGGUGAUGACAGCGAUGGGCCGGAUCAGCUGGAGCGACCCCAUGAAGGCCGGGCCCAUGAUGUCACGCAUCCCCCUCGGGAAAUUUGCUGAGGUUGAAGAUGUGGUGAAUGCAAUCCUGUUUCUCCUCAGUGAGCAGAGUGCAAUGAUUACUGGAGCCACUCUGCCUGUCGAUGGAGGAUUCCUUGCUUGUUAACACUAUCACCGGGAGACAGAACAGUAAAGUGUCUGCGAAUUAAAUGGCGUCUGUAGGAACUAAUGUAUGGUUUCCUACUGAAGCUGUGUUGCAUUUCUAAUACAUUCUAUACUGACCAUACACUACUUGCUAAUGGGUCAGGCCAUGCCUAACUUGAUUUGAACCCUGCGUUAAAUCCUAAUUUAAUGUAAGACCUGUUUCAGAUUUGGCUAUAAUAGUUGCAAGAUGGUCUAUCAAUGAGAACAGUAUUGAAUUACUGAGCACAUUAUGCCAUACAGGUACACAAACUCACUGAGCUUUUCUGUAUAUGGUGUCUAUUAAUUUCAUACCCACUGUGCCUCAUUUAAAUGCAGUAUAGCUCUAGUCUUGAGGUGCAAUAUGUUUUCGGUGUUACUGUCUAAUCAUAGAUCAUUCAAUGGACUUGACACUCACACUAAAAAAUUAUUUUUUUAUAAUCCAGUCUUUGCUUAAUCAAAAAGUCAAAUAAAAAUGUAGUUGGAUACUUGGCAUUAUGUCUCCUCCAUCAUGUUUGCUUAUUUAAUUCAGCCUCGGGCUGGUUAGUAUGUCUAUAAAAGCUCUUGUGCCAGCUGACCUUUCCUUCAAUAUGGUAAAAUGUACACAUUUCGCAUGCAUAAUAAACUGAGCUAAUUUGCUAGCAGCAUCCCAGGCAGUGUUAGGAUCUCACUGUGCUAGCUCCUGAUGUUGCUACCCAGCCACACCCAGGCCAGGCCACCGUUCGGGCUAGAGUUCACUGAUAUCUCCCUGUCCCUGCCCGGGACCCCAGCGAGCUGACAGAAUCGCUGGCUGCUGCAGACACCUUUCUGGGAAACUGUGAGCCUGUGUCUAAUCACAGGAUGGGUGUCAACCUCACCAAAUGUUUACUUCAGCAUUCUGAAGACAGGAACUUUGUUGUAGAACUCAGUACUUGUAUAGUUACGAAAAUCCUGUUUGCAGUACUCGAUUGGCUCUGCAGUUUUUGAUAGUAGUUCUGUAUAGGUAAUGUUGUGUACAGUGUCUGUAGACCUUUGUUGGCCUGUGGUUAAUGUGAGAAAAUAAAGGUUUUGGAAAAUUA